AGUAAAAUGAGUAUGAUAUGCUACUGGAUUUUUGUUUUGGUAAUGGUUGGACUAAAAGGGUUUUAAGAUUCUUUUAAACCCUGACAUUCUGUGUUUCUAUGAUUUUGUGACCUUCCCUCCUUACCCUCGAAGCGCUCUUAACCAAACCGGAGUGAAAGUCUUUUCUCUUCCCCAAGUAUCAAAUGCUUCUUUCUCUCAGGUUUUGGCCUGUUAAUAACCGAAGAAGCUAAACAACACGAUAAGUCACCAGAGGGCGCCAAGUCCUUACGUACGAAGACUGGUGCUUGUAAGUUAAGAAGCUCGAUGGUAAAGGCAGUGCCCGCGUGGACUGCAUCCCGGGCAAAGCACAUCACUAGGCGAAGAUGAACUGAGCACCAUUCGACCAAGUCCUGCAACGCCUUCAGCCUCCACUAUCUAGCUUGGGAACUCUACUUCAUAAAGGAAGCCUGGAGUGCUGCGAAAAGCAUCCGGGCCCCCGGACAUGAAUGGUGAUUCAGAAGGAACGUGAAAAGUCCUGAUUCUUGGUUUAGGGUCUGGGUCAGCCUGAAGCUCAACCUGUGGGGUCCCAGAUGUGACUUACUUCCAGGGGGGAGAAGAGUUCCUUGGGUCAGAGUCUACCUGCUGGGUUUCUACCAACUUUCAAGGGAACCACCCACCCAGGAGCUGAGUGGUCAGCCUCGGACCAGCUCAGAGAGACUUGACAACCGAAAGCAGCCAAGGGCUAAGGAAACUGAAGUUAGCCAGCAAAGAACCCAGACCAGAACAUCAGACAUCUGUUCAGGAGAUCAUAUGGAGGAUGCUAAACACCAAACAAAGAAGCAUUUCUUGAUGUGGAUGUUAGGAAGUUAUAUUAGAAAUCAAAUGCCAUUUAAAUGUGACAGGUUUCAGUGAGAUUGAUGAGCUAGAGGAAUGGACACUAGAUUCCUAGAUUUACUUCUAUCCAUAAGAUAUUCACUUAACAAGCCCUCCUGUGUAGUGGGAAUCUCUCUGUGGAAGAGCCACAGGGAGGGAUACACAAGGGGCCAGCCAAAUUGUGAAAAGGCUCACACUGGAACUGGAAAAUGGAAAUCAGCAAAUUCUAAGAUGCCAAGGUAACUUUAUUAGCCCUCUUGUGGCACCUGGGUUCAAUUCCUAAUUCCAUGAUUUAUUAUCUGUGAACUUUGGACAAGUUACAUCUGGACCUGAGUUUCCUUAUUUUUAAAAUUAAGGGAUUGCAAUAAAUGAUCUUGAUGGUUCUUUGCAACUUAUUCGAGUUGGGUUGUAAAUUAUAAACACCUAUCCAAGAAUUUGCUGCCAAUUGUUAUUAGAAUAUAGGCAUCCAUGUAAUGUCAGUGUGAAGAAAUUGCAAGAGAAAUUCUGGAUCAGCUUGGUGAGUAAUUUACAAAUGACUGAUGGAUGAGUAACCCUUGCAAGGGGAAGGAACUGAGAACGCAUUGAAACAGACAAUAGAUUUUCCCCUUAAAGAGACAUAAUGCCCUUGAAUGACACAACUAUGGACAGAGGUGGGUUGGUAGUAGAAAGAGACUUCUCCUUCCGUAUCCUUACUGCUUGCUUCCUCUCACUGUUGAUCUUGUCUACACUGUUGGGAAACACAUUGGUGUGUGCAGCUGUCAUCAGGUUCCGCCAUCUAAGGUCCAAGGUGACCAAUUUCUUUGUCAUCUCCUUGGCUGUUUCUGACCUCUUAGUAGCUGUCUUGGUCAUGCCUUGGAAAGCUGUUGCAGAGAUUGCAGGUUUCUGGCCCUUUGGCUCCUUUUGCAAUAUCUGGGUGGCAUUUGAUAUCAUGUGUUCCACAGCCUCUAUUCUAAACCUCUGUGUCAUCAGUGUUGAUAGAUAUUGGGCUAUCUCCAGUCCCUUUCGCUAUGAGAGAAAGAUGACCCCCAAGGCAGCCUUCAUCUUGAUCAGUGUUGCCUGGACUUUGUCUGUGUUAAUUUCCUUCAUUCCAGUACAGCUGAAUUGGCACAAGGCCAGACCCAUGAGCUCACCAGAUGGGAAUGUUAGUUCUUCCCAAGGUGAGACAAUGGACAACUGUGACUCUAGCCUUAGCAGGACAUAUGCCAUCUCUUCUUCACUCAUUAGUUUUUACAUUCCAGUGGCCAUCAUGAUAGUCACAUACACAAGGAUCUACAGGAUUGCACAGAAGCAAAUACGACGAAUCUCAGCUUUGGAGAGAGCAGCCGUGCAUGCCAAGAACUGUCAGAACACCACAGGAAAUGGGACUAAUAUGGAGUGUUCCCAGCCAGAAAGUUCCUUCAAGAUGUCCUUCAAGAGAGAAACCAAAGUUUUAAAGACUCUGUCAGUGAUCAUGGGAGUGUUUGUAUGCUGCUGGCUACCUUUUUUCAUAUUGAACUGCAUGGUCCCCUUUUGUGAGUCUGAUUUGCCUUCUGGGGAAACAAAGCCCUUCUGUAUUGAUUCUAUUACUUUUGAUGUUUUUGUGUGGUUUGGAUGGGCAAAUUCCUCACUGAACCCCAUCAUUUAUGCCUUCAAUGCUGAUUUCCGCAAGGCAUUUUCGACUCUCCUAGGAUGCUACAGGCUCUGCCCCACUGCUAACAAUGCAAUAGAGACAGUUAGCAUCAACAAUAAUGGGGCUGUGUUUUCAAGCCAUCAUGAGCCCAGAGGGUCCAUUUCCAAGGAGUGUAAUCUGGUUUACCUGAUUCCACAAUCUGUUACCUCCCCACGAGACUCAAAGAAAGAAGAAGGUGGAGGAUCAAAACCAUUGGAGAAAACCUCUCCAGCUUUAUCUGUCAUUUUGGAUUAUGAAGUUGAUGUAUCUUUGGAAAAGAUUAACUCCAUCACACAGAAUGGACAACACAAGACCUGAAUUGUAAGAUGAAUCCUGCAAAAUAUGUUUGGUAAAAGAAAAACAAAAAACUUACAGAAUUACCUUUAGUUUGUUAUUUUUGAGAAAUUAAUUUAUGGUGUGGUUUUAUGCUUACAAAAGAACUGAUUGCUGCUUCUACUGAGAAUACAACUUUGUUUUAUAAUCCAGCCUAGUACAUUUUUGAUUUGUAAAAAUUUCUGUAUUGUUCAUACUGAAUGAAACAGAGACUGAAGUAAAGGUAUAAGGCAAGGAGCACCUCAUCAGUUCUAUAAUUAUUUGUAGAAACUACUUUCUAUUUUAGUGACUGAAAAUAGGGCAAGAAAUCAAGAAUUAACAGUAACACUUAAAAAAUAAAGAAAUCACCAUUCCCAGAAAGAAACAAAAGCAUUGUUUUCCAUGUAUAAAUAGGUGCUAAUAUGUUUCCAAUCAAGUUUUCAGAUUGUAAUAUUAGGUAAAUGCCUUUGUAAAUUAUUUCUGAAAAAAAUGAGCCUUAUAGCAAGAAUGAGUAUUUUUAAGUUUGGGAGAUGCUUUGUUAAUAUUGGUUUUAUUUAUUUAUUAUUUAAAAUGGCUAUUUAAAAAUAUGUUGUAACAAAUUUAUCUUUAUUUUAUUUAAAAGUAUUAUCUGAUGGGAGAUCUCUGAAACCUCAUAAUUAUAAUUUUUUUGAUCAUUUGACUGGUUAGCAAUUCAUUGUCAGUUGUUAAUGAAACUGUUAAAAAAAACACAUAGUUGGAGUAAACUUGAUUGUGUGUACAUCUCAAAAUCACAAAAAAAGCUAAGAGGUAACAAUGUUGAACUCUGACAUUUCUUCUGAAUUCAUCAGAGAUCAAUACAGGAUCAGAGCUGACAAAGAAAAAGAUGACAGUUCCUUUUUUUUUUUUAACAAGAAUUUAAAAACACAAUGGAUUGCUGCUAUUCUUUUCAUUAGUUUCCCAUUACAAAGAAGUCUUCUUAUGAAAACUGUCUGCAGCUCUGUAAAUAACUUUCCACUGGAAAAUCAACUUCAGAGGAAUCAUGCUUCCAAGUUGAGAUUUUAGCCCCUGGCAACCAGAAGCAUCAGACACUUUGUAUUUAUGUAAAUUAAUUGGCUUCUUAGUCUUUUCUUAUUUCUAGUGGUAGCUACCUUUUUUUUUUUUUUUUCUGGACAAAACCAAUGACUGAUGAUAAAAAUGCAUAGUGACUCUCAUAGGUCUAGCUACCUACUACUUGUGUAUUUACAGCAACAUCUAUAGGAACAGAGCAUACUGUGUGUCCUGCUUCUUUUCUAUGUUUAAAUUCCUUUAACAUAUAGGUUACUUUCCUGCUUUACUUUUCAACCAGGAAUGAAGUCAUUUUUCAGUUUUAUCCAUGUUUAUAGUCCAUUGAACAAACAGCAGUGCCUCAUUACCAUGUCAGAUUAAGAUAUUUCUGGAGGGAUUGGACAGGGAGCCCCAUUAUUUUUAGCUGUGUUGCCAGCAGCAAAAGGUCAAUGGGAUUUCUUAUGUUGCUACAAAUGCUUCCACUGUACUUUCAGUAAAGUUCCUGCUUCUUUAGUUCCCUCUGUGCCGUGAAGAGCAUCCUUUUUGCAGCAACAUCCAGGUGAAAGAGUAAUAUUGUGUGCUCCAAGAAAGGAACUUGAUUCAUAAAUGUUUGACUGCAUCUUCUCGUGAGGAACUGUUUAAUGGAAUACUGAGGGAGGGGGAAGGUAAACAUUUACUGACAGAAUACAUCCUGCAUCAGGUCUGUGUUAUAUAUGUAUUGUGAAUAUUUUCCUAAGGUUUUUUUUUUUUUUUGCUUGUAUGCUUUCAUAUGUAAAAUAAAAUUAUUUUGUGGACACAAA